AUGUUAAGAUAUCUUUAUGGACCCUUAUGGAAGCGUUUAUUGCUGUGAUUUGUGACUUACAAUAAAUUGAUAAUAACAACAAUUAAAUAAAGAUUAAAAAGAUUUUUAAUUAUGGGCUGUACUAUAUGGUCCCCGUCUACCUGGAAACGAUGAUAAAGUUUAUGAGCCUGGAACUAGUGAUUUCAUCCUUAUUUGGAUUGCAUGGUUAUUUUGCUAUAAAUAUAGAAUAGUACAUAUGUCAUCAUCAUUAAAAAGAACAAACUCUGCAAGCUCUUUGCAGAAAUUAAAUUCGGGGAGAAAGAAUGGAAAUUUAUCUGCUAGGUCAACUAAAAGUCAGGAAAGUGAUGUUUCAGAUGUUUUACAAGUAGCAGGGAUUUCAAAUGUAAAGUCAAAGCCAGCUCAGUCAAAAGUAAAACCUGCCCUUAUUCCUAACAAAACAACACAAGUAUUGACACCUCAUAUUGUUGAUUCAUUUAGUUCCAGAGAAGAUGGGAAAGCAAUAAAGAAACCUGCAUGGGCCUUAAAACCACCCAUAGAUGAUGAAACGCCCAGAUGUGAAAUAUCCAAUACAACAUGGUCUCGCCCAUCACUUGAUGAUUUUCUUGAUUUUCAAACUCAUGAUGUACCAGUCUCUGUAAGUUCAGUCAACACUCUUUCUGUUAAGAAUAGUAACUUCCAGAAUACCAUUUUAAAUGCUUCCAAGAAAAAGGAAAUGUUUGAACAUAAUGUAGUUACUUGCAAAAAUGUUGAUAUUGAGUCAAAUAAGGAAUCUUCUUCAAAAACUUGUAAAAAUAAUGAAAAUGGAAAAAACUUUUCUAUUGAGCUAGUUGAGGCUAAUCGUCAGGUAGAGUCAGUUAAACUAGAUUCCUCACAAGAUGAUUUUGAAAUAACUAAAAAUUUUUCUGACAGCGAUGACAGUUUUCCGAGUUGGAAUACUAAGUUGCCUUCAAAAAAGCAUAAAAUACCUUCAGCAUCUGAACCUAAUAACAAGUCUCAUAACAAAGUUUCAAAUUUUAUAAACACGAAUAAACUUUCAAAAAAAAAUGACAUAAAAGUACAAGCAAAAGAAAAAACAAAAAUAUUGCAGAAUAAUAAAACACCAAGUAGUAAAAAUAAAGAUAGGUUAUUGCAUUAUGGGGUACAACCCUCAACUAAUAAAGACAGACAUUUGCAUGAUGAAAUUGAAAUCUCUACUAAUAAAAAUAAAUUGUCUAAUAAAGAACAAUUUUUAUAUAAUAAAAACCAAUGUUCAUCUUUUAAUGAAAAUUCAGGUAACAAAGAUGAAACCGUGCUGCAUGAAGUAUCAAAAGUUAACUCUCUAAUUGCUGAUAGAAGUAACAAAAUACCAAACCAACCACAUUUAAUAGAAGAAAUAAGUGAAAUCAAAUAUGUAUCACCAUCUAUUAGAAUCCAAGAGCAAGCUGCCAAGAAAAUUCAGUCAUGGUGGAAACAAGUUUCUCUCGAUAGAGAUAGAGGUGCCGAUAAAAUACAGAAGAUGAUGGGAAGCAAGAAAUUUCAAAUAGAAACAAGAAUGAACUUCGAGAAACAAGAUGACAGUAAAAAAGUUCAUUAUGAUCAAGUAAGACGACGUGAAGAAAAAGCUCGAUUAGCCAGACAAAAAGUUAUAGAUGAAAUGCAUGCAAAAAGGUUGACAAAAGGAAGUAAUAUGAAACCUCAACCCAACGACAAUUCUUUUUUGACACUCAACAAGAACAAUUCUUUUUUGACACCUUCAAAGAACAAUAAAAAUAUUAAACUGUCAUGUGAUAAUGGAAGUACAUUAUACAUUGCAAAAACCAAUAUUUCCCCAGUUCCUAGAUCUGAAACAUUGCAUUCUUUAUCCGGACCUGAUACAUCAUCAUCUGUUACUAGGUUGACAGAUACUAAUUUGGAGUCAUCUAAUAGAGGGACAAAAAGCCAUCAAUUUAAUCAACCAAACAAUCAAAAACAAAAUUUUAUGAAUCAUCUGACAGUUGAAGAUGAGAAGAAUCUGAUAGUUGAAACAAUUGAAGAAGAGAAGUUUAAAGAACAUUCAAACAGUAAUACUUUUAUGGAAAUAAUGAACACUUUAAAGGAACUUGAAGAUGAACCAAUUAUCAAAGAACAAACAUUUGAUGCUGAUGAAAAUUUGACAUUUAGAAAAGCUGAUCCAGGUUCAUUACUAUCUGCUGAUAAAUUGCAAAGCAUCAUGGAUUUUCUUGACAACGUUGUCAAAGUAGAAGAUGAAGUUAGAACUGAGGUCUUAUCAGUUGCAAAUAGUCAUUUCCGCUCACCAAGGAAUUCUGAUUUUUUUGAAUCUGAUGAGAAACCCAAUAAAAGAAAUGAAAUAGAUUCUGUUUCUUUUGUUGCUUCUGAAAUAAGUGAUGCAAUAUCUGCUCAAAAAAAUGAGAUUAAAGAAAAACAAAAAACUGUUGAAAUGAUGAAAAAAGCAAUUAAUCAACAGAAAGAGUUUUCUUCUGUCCAAAUAAUAGAAAUGGAAAAGGAACACAAGCAACAGCUGUCCUUACAAAGGAGUGAGUAUGAAGCUACUAUUCAACGCCAUCUGUCGUUUAUUGAUCAGUUGAUAGAUGAUAAGAAAGUUCUUACCCAAAGAUGUGAAGAUCUUGUUUCUAAAUUGAAGGAAAUGGAUCAAAAGUUUUCUACCAAAAUUAAACAAAUGACUGAAAGUCAUGCUCUAGAUUUAAAGAAACAAAAAGAUAUAAAUGAAGCUGCUGAGAAAAUUCGUAGAGAGAAAUGGAUCAAAGAAAAAACACAAGAAAUUAAAGAGCUAACUGUUAAAGGUUUGGAACCAGAAAUUCAACGACUAAUCACAAAGCACAAAGCUGAAAUAAAAGCAAUUAAAAAUGCUAACCAGACAGAAGUUAUGAAUGCUGAUGAACGAGUGGCUCAAAAAUAUAUGCAGCAGCUGGAUGAUUUAAGGGCACAAUAUGAAAUAGAUAAGGAGACUGCAGUUCGAAAAGAAAGGGAAAGCUGCAGAGAGCGACUUGAACAACAAAUUCAAGAGGAAGAAAACUCAUUUCAACAACAACGUCGACGCUUGUAUUCUGAAAUAGAAGAAGAAAAGCAGCGAGUUAGUGACCUGCUUCAAACAGCAAAAAAAGAAUUUGAUGAGAGAAGAACUGAAUAUGAAAACACAUCCAAGCAAAUAUUGGCAUCUUUACAAGAGGAUUUAAAAAAGCAACUUCAUGAAAUGCAAGAAAACUGCCAAAAUGAGAUGCGCAAUUAUAAAGAGCAAUUAGAAAUUGAAAAACAACAAUGGGUUGAAAAUUUUAUGAAAAAGCAAGAGACCCACCUUCUAUCAAAAGAACGAGAAUUAAAAGAUAAAGUAAAGGUGGCAAGAGAUCAAGAAAUUGAGAUGGUCAUUGAUAAGUUAGAAAGAGAAACUGCACAAAGCAGAGAAGAUGCUGAACGUGCUGCUGAAAACAGAAUCAAACGAAUUCGUGAUAAAUACGUAAAUGAGAUAAAAGAUUAUGAGCAAUCAGAGCGAGCACUUCAGGAUAAAUGUAAUAGUUUGAAAGAACAAAUUGAAAAACUUGAAAAUGAUCUCAUUCAGUUGAAAAGCAGUUUGAAGCACAAAGAUCAAGAAGUAAUUGAUGUCAAAAAAAUUACUGAUCGGUUACAAGAAGAAAGAGGAAAAGUAAGUGACAUCAUCCGACAGGAAUAUGCAGACAGAUUGGUGGCUACUGAAGAAGAAUCUAACCGCUUGAGAAAAGAACUAAGUGAAGAGAAAGCUCGUCGUCGUUUUGAAGUAGAAAGAAUAACAAAAGAAAAAGAAAAAGAAAUGGAUGAACUACAUGAUCGUGUAAAAAAGGCUAUAUCGAAGAAAGAAGAAACUGCGAAUUUGCUUAUUCAGCAAAAAAUAGCUGCAGAAAAACGAGCUGAACAUCUCGAACAAUUACUUACAGAGCAGCGCAAAAAAAUUCUUGCCAAGUGAAUAACUUUUUAAAAGUGAAAGUUUUGAUCGGAAAAGAAUUUUAAAAACAUUGAAAGAUGUUCAAUGCAUCAACAAAACGUCGUUUUGUCGUUGACAAAUGUCAAUCAACGCCAAAUGUAUUUUAU